AUGAAGAUGAGCAGAGGAUCUUCUUCUGCUAUUCUUCUGCUGCUGUUCUUUGUUUCUGCUGCAGCUGCUGCGCCAGCAGCUUCUCUGCCACGGCAGAGUUUCACCUGCACUCGAAAGAGCAGAUGCUUCCUUAAGAAGAUCAGGUGCCCGCCCGAGUGCCCGCUAGCCAAACCACUGGAACCGAAAGCUAAAGGCUGCUUUGUCGAUUGCAAUUCACCCAAAUGCGAAGCUAUCUGCAGAAAUCGCAAGCCAAACUGCAACAGUCCUGGGGCUGCUUGUUUCGAUCCCCGCUUCAUCGGCGGAGACGGCAUUGUCUUCUACUUCCAUGGCAGGAGCGACGAGCAUUUCAGCCUAAUCUCUGACACCAACCUCCAAAUCAAUGCCCGUUUCAUCGGCCUCCGACCCACUGGUAGAUCCCGAGACUACACAUGGAUUCAAGCACUAGGAAUCAUGUUCGGUUCCCAUAAAUUCGCCCUGGAAGCCAAACGGACUGCAAGAUGGAAUGAUGAGGUGGACCAUCUCCAGUUCUCUUACAACGAGAAGCUGUUGAUUAUACCCGAAAGCCAUCUCUCCGAGUGGAAGUCUUCAGACGAUAUUCUGACGGUGGAGAGGACAGCAAGCAGAAACAGCGUCACCGUCACUCUUGCUGAAAUUGUGGAGAUUUCUAUAAAUGUGGUCCCAGUGACUGAGGAAGACGAUCGGGUCCACAACUACCAGAUACCAUCUAAUGACUGCUUUGCGCACUUAGAAGUGCAGUUCAGAUUCUUUGGCCUUUCUUCGAAAGUUGACGGUGUUAUAGGACGAACUUACAGGCUGGACUACGAGAACCCGGCGAAGCCAGGGGUGGCGAUGCCGAUGGUCGGCGGGGAAGAUGAGCACAGGACUUCGGUGCUCCUCUCUUCAGACUGCAGAUCUUGCAUUUUCUCUCCUGCUGAUGGUGCAGCAGGAGAGAACUCGACGGCAAUGGAUUUCGGGACAUUGGAUUGCACCAGCACUCUAGGCAAUGGAAGUGGAAUAGUGUGCAGGAAAUGAAUGGUGGAGAAUUCAUCCAUCUAAAUCUAAUGAAAAUAUCGGAAAUGUUCACUUUCAUUCCAAGUACAUCAACUGAAGAAUAAGAUUCCAAGUUUAUCUUUGUUUCAACUACCAUGUAUCCGAUAGCUAUUGAUUAGAAAAUUAAUGAAAAUGUCUUAAUUUCUA